AUGCCUUCUCUCAACGUUGAUCUUCUUAACUCGGCACUUUCUGCCAUGAUGGAAACCCAUAGAUUUGUAUCAGAAAAUGAAUUAACCAAAUACGAUGCUUCUUAUAAGCAAGUCGACAUGAACUCGUUCCAUCAAUUUAACCGUGUCAGUGGCGAUGUCGACUCCAUCGUAAAACAAAGCAGACAAUGCGUGUGUCAGCAAGUCGACUUGGGCUCACUUCAUCAAGUUAAUCUUAUUGGUGGUGAUGUCGGUGGUUCCAUUGCUAAACAAAGUGACCAAAAAUUUAAAGGUGGGCAGAUCUUCGUUAAGACUCUUACUGGGGCCACUUACACUUUUGAAUUCCAUGCAGGUGAUACCAUAUACAAUGUAAAACAAAUGAUGCAAGACAAAAUCGACCUUCCGCCAGACAAACAAAGACUUAUUUUUGCAGGUAGAGCACUGGAGAAUGGUCGCACGCUUGCGGAUUAUAACAUUCAAAAUGAGAGCAUAUUACAUAUGGUCCUACGACUUUGUGGUGGUGGACGUGUGAUCGGUUAUUUACCUUCAAGUGCUUUGGACCCAAAAUACGAUUACGAUUUCACACACGUUACGGAUUUCGAAGAGACGUUUAUGCGAGGAAAUAUGCGGUAUCGAAGACCGUGCGGAUGGCAACGGUUUGCUUUAAAGGUCUCUGGAAAAUAUGACAAUGGUGAUGAUACUUGGCUUGGUACUGGUGAUACAGCUUGGCCAGUGUCUUAUCAUGGUACCGCUAAGUAUAAUGCGAGAUCAAUUUCCGAAGAAGGAUAUUUGUUGAGCAAGGGAAAGCGUUUCGCUUUUGGACGAGGUAUUUAUUCAACGCCUGACGUUUGCGUAGCCGAACUUUAUGCAAAGGAAUUUAAGUUUGCUGGGAGGACGUACAUGAUAGUGAUUCAAAAUCGAGUAAAUCCGAAAAAUAUGAUCAAGAUUGAGGCUACAAGGACUGGAGUUGGCGAGUAUUGGAUUUCCAAGGAAGGAAAAGAUGUUAGGCCGUAUGGAAUCUGUAUAAAAGAAAAGUUUAAUAAUGAUGGUGGUACUUGCCAGUUACUAUAA